CUGUAGACUGCUGUGUGCUGGGCAGUGAGUAGCCUAUAGUCAGUAGACGGUAAUAUUUUAACACCCGUUCUUUACUCCAAAUAUUUAAUUUAAGUGUUGAUGGAGUGCAGUUCGGUAGGCCUACGCAAGGCGUGGACAGUAGCCUUUGGACUGAAGAGAAAAGCCUGUAUUCAGCAUGCUGGUAGAGGGAAGACGUCACUUUCCGAACACAGACUAAGUUAUGAUUGACAAAGGAUAUUGUCAACAUUAACAUUAGGCCUACUGUUGGUGAAACCAAAAUUCUACGCAAGUGGGAAUCUUGUUGAACGACUCUGGAAACAACUGGAGCGCAUCGGUGACAUUGGAUUUUGGCUGAUAAAGAAAUAGCUGACCGUUCCUUGUAACACCAUAGCGAUGUCGGAUUGGUAACCUAGAUUUGAUCGCAAAUUUGUCGCACUGUCUGUCAUCAUAACCUUGAUUACUUAACUUGUAAGCGAAACCUGUAGGGAGCGAAAGGCCACAGGAGUAGCCUAAUAGAUGCCAGUGAAAGGGAGAUCUUGAUUCAACUUCUACUCGUACAAUUGACUGUAUCAGAAAGUUCGCAAUGGACCUGCUGGAAUGCCCUAUUUGCCUGUUUCUAAUGUGCGAACCUGUGACAAUGAGUUGCGGUCACUCGUUCUGCCGGCGAUGCAUGGGGAGCUACCUGCCGCCAAGAUGCCCCGCAUGCAAGGAGAGAUUUAAACAAAGAGACGCAAAAAACAUCAAGAACAACGUGCUGCUUAUAGGCAUAAUCGAGAAGUGCUGCCCGGAAGAGACGAAAAUGAAGUGCCACAUUCAGGAGAAGCUCAAAACGAGCGAAUUCACAGUAGCGUUGCGGAUUGCGGAUGAGGGAAUAGAACUAGCCCCUGAUGACGUAAGUCUGAAAGUAUGGCGGGCUGAAGCCAACAUGGGUCUGCAACGCUUCUCCGAUGCUCUGCGAGACCUUGACGAACUCUGCACUUUCCGUCCAAACUGGACUGAGGGCUUCUUUCGUAAAGGGAACGUGUUGAUGGAGAUGGGCCGGCAGACGGAGGCCUUGAUCCAGUUCCACCACUGCCUGAAACAGCAGGCUGAUUUUGCCCCGGCCAAGACCCACAUCAAGAAGAUCUUGGAGGCUGAAGGCAUGUCUGUGCCUGAGGAGGUGCCUCGGAUUCUGCAGGUGGUGUCUGACUUCCUGCGGGAGGACUGUCCCAUCAGCAGCUCCCAGGGCACCCCCCAUGGGAAGAAAGGGGUGAGGUGCCCCCCAGAGGAUGGGGCAAAAGAAAGGGGCAACUCUGGCAAGAUGGCUGCCAAAGCCAAGCUGGGCUCCAGCACCGAGUGCUGCCUGAGUCUGUGCCAAGCCGUGUCCCUCCUCCCCACCGCCGAGGAGGAAGAGGAGCCUACGAUGAGGAAGGGCGAGAGGGACAGCAGAGCCUACUGCGGCGCGGACAGGGAAUCGACCCUCGGCGUCCUGACUGUCUCUGACUUUGAGUGUCCGCUCUGCAUCAGACUGUUCUAUGAGCCAGUGACCACGCCUUGUGGGCACACGUUUUGCAAGAACUGCAUUGAAAGAAGCCUAGACCACAACCUGCGAUGCCCCCUCUGCAAGCAGCCACUACAGGAGUAUCUGAAGAACAGGAAGUACAACCCCACGGUACUACUGCAGGACGUCAUGACCCGCCUCUUCCCCUCACAGCUGGCAGAGCGCAAGCAGGUGCACGAGACCGAGAUGGCCGAGCUCUCCAACUUGACCACCGAUAUCCCCGUCUUCGUGUGCACGGUGGCGUACCCGGGCAUUCCAUGCCCGCUGCACAUCUUUGAGCCCCGCUACCGCCUCAUGAUGCGCCGCUGCAUGGAGACGGGCACCAAGAAGUUUGGCAUGUGCUGCUAUGAGCCUGGCAAAGGGUUUUCAGACUACGGCUGCAUGCUGGAUAUCUUAGAGAUGGACCUGCUUCCGGAUGGGCGAUCCUUCGUGGACACAAUGGGAGGCAACCGCUUCCACGUCCUGAGGCGCAGUCAAAGAGAUGGAUACCACACCGCUGAUGUGGAGUACCUGGAGGACCGCAAGGUGGAGGGUGCGGAGCUGGACAUGCUUGAGCGGUUGCAUGAGAGCGUGUACCAGCAGACGAGGGAGUGGUACCAGCGCCUGGGCGUCCACAUCCGGGAUCAGAUAUGCAGACGCUUCGGGGCCAUGCCUGACAAAGAGGACAACAUCCAGGCAUCCAGUAAUGGCCCUGCAUGGUGCUGGUGGUUGCUGUCCGUGCUGCAGCUGGACCCAAGCUACCAGACCACCGUGCUAUCCCUCACCUCCCUCAAGGACCGGCUCGGACACCUGCGCCUCAUGUUGGAAUACUUCUCUCAGAGCUAGACACGCGCACGCACACACACACACACACACACACACACACACACACACACACACACACACACACACACACACACACACGCAUACAGAGAUAAACACACUCAAAGACUGGUCAGGGCACUUUUGACUAAUGCUGGAAUACUUCUCCCAUAGCAAGACACACUGCACACACACACACACACACACACACACACACACAUUGCUGGACUUCAAGUCUGAAUUUAAUUUAGCAGCCCUUAAAGCCAUGGGCAAUGCCUUUUUUUUUUAAAAAACGUUGGGGAAACUUUGGGAAACAAAGUUACUAUUUCAUUACUAUAUAUAUGUAUUUUGUUCUACCCAUUGAGACAAACGAGUUUCUGUUGAAGUAACGCACAUGCAUUUCCGCAGUAUCAUUUGUGCACAACACAUUUGCCAAACGUGAGUGACCCACUCGGAUGAAGAGCUUUAGGCUCAGCGGCAUUGCUAGCAUGGUGUGGUUGUUUACGCUUAGGGGAGAGGGGCAUGGAGAUGGGAACGGUAGCCCAUCAGUAGUCAUGAUGUCAUAAUGGAAUUACCAUAAUAGAGUUUUGAGAAGGAUAUGCUGCAUUCCAGACAACUCUGAAGUUGUGUGGAAUGCAGCAAUGGUAUUCAUCAUCGCUUGUCUAAACGCACAGCUCUUUCUUCUUCUUUUUCUUUGAAUCGCUUGUGUUCGUGAACAUACGAAGGAAGGCUGCCGCUGGUUCUCCAUCCCCUUUUUGACCGUUUAGGUGAUUUGUGUUAGGGAACUAACGUUACUGCCAGCAGCUGUAGAGGCAUGUGAUGGGGCAGUGACUGCCUUGUGUUACAUAUGCGCCAUCUACCUUUUUGAAGAGGCGCUUUUCAAAAUCGUUUUGUCAACACGAUCAGUGGCGAUACUUCUAACUUAUAAGUCCAGAGGAGACAAAGGACAGUAUAACAGUCCAGAGGUGUGUUGGCAGCUGUCCCUUGCGGUUUCCCUCACUGGGAGAGCUGGGGGCGACAGCAGGGAGAGUUGACUGCUACGUGUGUCAGUGCCUUUACCUGUAUUAUUGGCUCGAAUCACGCAGCCCUUUGAUUUGAGAUCCACGGAAGCACUUACAGAGGUGCGUUUCAAAUUACUUCAGUGCUCUAUGAUGCCGGAAUGCUGAGACGACAAGACCGACAUCUCAGAUCUCUCCUACCCGUGUAAAGGGCUGGCUGAUUUUUUUGUUUUGGCUUAAAUGUUUUGUCCGAAUUUUUUUCUCUCGAUUUUGUGCCACAUUCCAGGGAAUGUCUGAGCAGCAUUGAUGAUUUGUCAUCGACUUAAAUGAGCAACGGCUUGAAACUGGGUGAAAACAAGCUGGUCCUGCUAAACUUUGUUUACUGUAAUUAUUAUCAUUGUGCUUUUAAGACAUAUUUUCUGUGUAGUGCUUUCAGUCGGGAUGUAAGUCAUGAAUAGGUUAAAAAGCCAUUGCCUGAAGUUUCAUACCCUGUUUUGUUUUUUUGUAGUGCUCUAGUCCUUAACAGGCUGGCACAGAGCUUUUUAGCCAAAUCUGGGUGUUUUUGUCUGUACAUACGUCUGUUGGAGCUUCUUUAUGAUAAUGGGAGGAGGGGCUGACUUUGGCUUUUUGGAGGAUUGUUUUUAAAACCCUGUUACGCACAAUAAAAUUCCUCCAAAGGAAAGGGUUUCAUGUGGCCUGGACAGUGUUUGGGGUCAGCACUGUCAAGACUGCCCCACUAUCCCAAAGAACUUUCACUAGGACUCCAGAUCAGAAAAACACACACACACACACACACACACACACACACAUACACACACACACACACACACACAUAUACACACACACACAUACACACACACACACAUACACACACACGCACACACAAAUACGUACAUACAUAUUUACAUACAAUUCUCCCUUUACUUUACUUUUAGAAUGUGUGAGCAAGUAUGCACACAGCCCCUCUUGUAGAUCUAGAAAUAUGGAGAUAUUUCUGAUUUAAAAUAAAUAUGGGAUGUAUGCAUGGGGUAUACUGAUGGUUUUUUUUUCUUUUUUUAAAGAAACAUAUAUAUUCAAUGCAGUCCUUCAUAUACAGUAGAUGCAUGAUGUAUCCAUGCAUUGAUAUGCACACAUGCAUCUUCUCUGUAGGUGCGUUGGGAGAGCCCAAGUAAGUCCCCACAAACAGCUACCUCAGGGCUGUCGUGCCAAAAGGGAUUGAUUUUAAGGGAGGGAAAAAACACACAAAUGAUACUCUUUAGAUCCAAGUGCAAGUGAAUCCCACAGAGACAGAGAAAUGACACAACAGGCCAAUAGCUGACCGUCAUAGGGCUGCCUUCUCUAGAAGCUUCUGUGUCUUGCUGUGAAUCGGCUAUGGCUGCGACUGACCCCAUAGCUGGGCUGCCUAGUUAUAUUUCUGAGCUAUUUCACGUGUGGACCGCCGUUGUUUUGUGUUUUUUGGACCUCUCUAGCAUGGCCCAUUUCCUGCUCUCUGUUGUUGUUUGUUUAUUGUUAUGUUUGAGGAGAGCUGAUCGAUUGCUUAAACGUUUGUGGUCCAUACUGUUAAGAUCCCUGGUGAGGUGGCAGAGACAGAUCUAUCUCGUGGAAAUGUCAACAUUUCAGUGAGUCCUUGUCCUUCAUGUUGACACACCUCACUGUAGGACACACGGCAUUGUGAGAGUCACACACAGGUCCACAUUGUUAAGGAAAAUAUCCCAGGAUAGCCAGAGAAAACUCAAUGUAAAAUAACCUUAUCCCUGCUAUGUACAGAGUAGAUAAAAAGCCAUCAUUGUGACAUCAUUGUGUGUGCUUGAAUUGAUUGUGGAGACACGUCCUCCCAUGCUGAGAAAUAUUGCCAGACCAACAGAUAACCUUUGCCGUAGUUCUUAAGUAGACAGAUUAUUUAUUAUCUAAGAUCAAGAUUCAAUACUAUUGCCAUACAACAGAAGUUAUUAGGAAUUUGCUGCAUUGUGCUCUACACAUCUGAUUGGGGUUGAUUAUGGAUCCAGCAGAUUUCACUCCCCAUGGCCUGUGUGAAGUGUGAAUUAAAUGGAAAUAAUCAGACCUUUCAUAUGGACACACUGUUUUAUGAUUAUGGAAUUUUCCCAGUACUAAAGUAUACUUGUACCAAUUGCAUUGUAUUACUUGGGGGAAGUGGCAAAGGCCAACUCGGGACUAAAUGUCCUGAAUGAUAUUAUCAAUUUAACAAAUAAAACUUUUGAAAACAUUA